UUCCAUGUACUAAUCAAGAAAAAGAAAAAAAAAACCAAUUCGGUGGGAUUUUGAGGAGAGAGAAAACUGUAGAGUUAAUGAUGGCUUCGUCUAUAUUGGGGGUUAAGCCACUUCUAUCAUCUCAUCGAAUACGAGCUGUUCAUAGUCCUACCAUCGACACCACUUCUUCUACUUCAAUGGCGUCGACUACACCUAAGUGGGCCCAGAAGACCAUCACUCUCUCUCCUCACCCUCGUGGCUGUCAUCUUGUAACUUCCAAGGUACUGAAGGAAAUUGGACAAGAAUUGUCUGAAUUCAAGUGUGGGCUUGCUCAUCUUUUCUUGCAACAUACUAGUGCUUCUCUGACCAUAAAUGAAAAUUACGAUGCUGAUGUUCGAGAGGACACAGAGACAUUUCUUAACAGGGUAGUUCCAGAGGGUAGUUCCGCACCUUGGAAGCACACACUGGAAGGACCUGAUGACAUGCCAGCACAUAUCAAGUCAUCAAUGUUUGGCUGUGCAUUAACGAUUCCAAUCACUAACGGAAAGCUUAACAUGGGAACCUGGCAGGGAAUAUGGCUGUGCGAGCACCGUGAUUAUCCAACUCCCCGUAAAGUAGUAGUUACACUGAACGGGAUGUAGAUGGCUUGGUAUACUAGUAUAUUACACCAGCUUUAUGGUCUUUUAGCCAAGUAGUUGUAAACUUGUAAUAUGGUGGGGUUGUGUGCUAUUUCUCUAUCUUGUGGACGUAAUUUGAACUAUUCGCUAUCAGAUGUAAAUUUUUGGAAGAAUUAUGAUCUUGCUACGUUUUAUUGUGGUCUGUGGUCUCUGAAAUCAUAUAAUGCAUCACUCUUGUUGGAAA